AUGGCCCAGGCGGCUGUCGAGGACCUCGACGGUGGAGACGAGGACCUCUGGGAGGCGCCGGAGGCCGUCGUGCCCGCGCCCGUGGAGGACGGACCCGUGCCGAUCGUCCCACUGGCGGUGGCCCAGGGCAGAUGCUACUGCAGCACGGGCUACACUGCGGGCGGCCUCGAGCAGUGCCGGUUCGCGUGGCGGGCGCUGCGUGUCUCCAGCGCAGAGCCGCCGUUGCGCUUCGUGAAGGCCGAGUUCCUCUUCAGCGACGACGGCUACUGGGACUGGUGGGCCAGCCACCCUGGCCAGCCGAGCGCGAUGACGGGGCCGGGGACGUGCACCGAGCUGAUCCACGUGUCGGACGGGGCGGAGCUCGGCCUCGGGGACCUGCGGGCGCUGUUCGUCGAGUGCCAGGAGACGAACCCCGAGGCGGCUUGGCCAGCAGCAAGCCUCGGGCCGCUGGUCGCCGCCGCCGCCCCCGCGAGGCCCGCUGCGGUGGCCAAAGCGGCGGGGCGCCCACCAGCCGCAGCAGGUCCUCCCAGGGCCCCGCCUGGCGCUGCCCCCUUCGACGACUUCCUGAGCGUGAGGGGCUCGUCGCGCGGGCCUGGCUCAGAGCUGGCCGCAGGCGAGGAGGCGGCUGCCGCGGGCGGCCUGGGAGGCAAGCUCGAGGGUGCUCGUGUGCGCUUCGAGGAGGGGAAGCGGGCUGCUGGCGAUGUCAACCUGGACGGCUUCCCCCUCGGCGCAGAGGCGGCUGGCGAGGGGCCUGUGAAGAAGCGGUCGCUCGGAGACCUGCUGGUCGAGCGCGCCGCGAAGCUCAAGAGGGCCGCCUCGGACGCGGCCCCCCGAGGGUCAGGAGACCCCGUGCCCGAUCGGGCGCUGCCAGGAGCUGGUCCGAGUGGCGGCAUGGCGGAGCUGGCGCAGGCGCUCGUGAUGGCCAUCCGCGAGGGCAAGGAGGGCCCCCCUGGCGACGGCGGCGGGGGCGGCCUCGGCUCCUCGGACCCCGCGGCGGUGCCGCGCGACCUGGCCACGAAGAGGGCCUUCUGUCGUCGGAUGGCCGCCGCCUCCCCAGGCCGCCUCACGGAGCUGAGCCUGCAGCAGAUGGCGGACUUCCUGGGCUCGCAGGAGGGGGAGGCAGCCGUCGACGCGACGGGCCCGAUCGCGCUGCGGUACCUCCUCACGAUCUACCUGCCGCAGCAUCCGGUGAAGGAGAUCGGCGUGCAGACGUACCGCGAGCUCCGCACCCUCGCGGAGGCGGUGGACCUGCUGAUGCAGGGGAAGGCGGCCCACGCCUGCGACCUGAUCGUCCAGCGCCUGAAGGCGCUGCUGGUGGCAACGACGGAUGGCUCGUGGGCGGCGGCGAAGUGGUUGGAGCUGAUCCCGCCGCGCGACGAGCCCACGGCCAUCCGCAGCGAGGAGGAGGAGCUCAUCCGCAGCAUCCAGCUCGGGGAGAUGAAGCUGGACGAGCUCCCCGCACGGCUGGCCUCCGCCAAGACGCCGGGGGGGGUGGCCGAUGCCUCCAUCAAGGGCGCGAGCCCUGCGAAGGGCGCUGGUGGGGGAGUCCGCGGCGUGGGCCAAACUCGGUUUACCGAGGGCGGAGAUCGCGCCGCCCUAGGCGGGGGGGGUGAGGGCGUCGCGGAGCCCCCGCUGGCCACCGCGCUGCAGUGCUGGUCCGACGAGCUCUCCUUCGGCUUCGGCAAGAGCAUCGUCGCGGUCGACCUGGCGGCGCGGCUGGUGGCAGCAGUGCGACGCCACCCGGGCAGCCUUGGCCACUUCGCUCGGUCGUUCAGCAUGCGUGCGGACACAUUUUGUGGGAGCGGAGGGUCCUCGAACAGGAGGGUUCGGGACGCCCUGCCGCUUCCCCUUCCGUCGACCGAGGAGGUGGACCGCUGGCUGGCCCACAGUGCCUUGCCCAAGGCACGCAGGUGCCGCCGCCGCGCCGUGGCGCGGGAGGUCAGCGAGCAGGCGUGGCUGCACUUCAGUGUGGUGGCGCUCAACUACGCGUUCUGCGGCCGCGCGCAGGAAGGCUGGCGCCACAGGCCGACCCUGUCGAAGGCGCAGACGCAGGUCUACGUGCACCUGAAGAGUCGAGCGGCGGCCCUGGCGGAGGACCCGCUGGCCAUGGUCGUGGCCCCCGCGAUCGACGAGCUGGCGGGCGGCUGGGGGUCAGCGUACGAGGGCGAGACGGGCGUGAAGGCCCUCCCCUGCCGGCUCUGCGAGCUGGCCCCUGGGCUGCCCGCGCGGGAGUGCGCUGCCACGCUCGACGCGAUCGACUUCGUUGACGACGAGGUUGGCGCCUGGCUGCGCCGCCCCGAGCUGGCGCUCCUCGACCAAUCCGACUGGCCCGACCCGCUGCCGCGGGCCCGCGUGAACGUGGAGACGGAUGCGGACUGGGAGGAGCUGGCGCUGCACCUCGUGUCGCUCGGCAUCUUCACCACGCUCGCGGAGAGCGAGCUGGUCCGCGCGAGGGGCGAGCCCGUGCUGAACGGCCUGUUCGCGGUGGAGAAGAAGGGCGCUCCAGCGCCUGGCGCCACGCGGGUCACCAGGCUCACCCUCGACAUGGUGCCAGGCAACUCGCUCCUGAAGGCCCACGUGGGCGAGGCGGCGCUGCUCGCGGCCUCGACGUCCUGGACGUCGGUCGUGAUCCCCUUGGGGAAGCUGCUGCUGUGGUCGGGCGACGACCAGAAGGGGGCCUUCUUCGUGUGGCGGGUCCCGCCCGCGUGGCACCCCUACAUGGCCGUGGGGCGGCCGCUCGCGGGCGAGCUGUUUGGUCGCUCGGAGCCCGUCGUCUACGUGACCUCGGCUGUCAUCGCCAUGGGCUGGUCGCUCGCGGUGCCCGUUUUCCAGCACAUCCACCGACGACUGUGCCGCCUGGCGCCGCCCCUCGGGGUGGGGCCCCCCUCAGACGGGGAGUGGCGCAAGGAUUGCGCGCGGCCCCUGGUCGAGGCAGGCAGCGGCCAGGACGCUGGCUGGUGGCAGGUUUACAUCGACGACUUCGAUGCGCCGGAGAUCGUCGAGGAGGUUCUGGCCCGCAAGCUCGCGGGGGCCCCGAGCGACCUCCAACUGCAGGUCCGCGCCAGCUACGAGAAGGCAAGCGUCUCCUUCUCGGCCGAGAAGGCGCACUGCAGGCAGCUGAGGGUCGAGCGCAUGGGCGCGGACGUCGACGGCGUCAGCGGGCGCCUCGCGGUCCCCGCUGCCAAGGCGCCGGCCACUGCGGGCCUCUGCUUGGCCGCGGUGCAGCGGCGCCUGGUCCCGUGGCGCGUUGCCAUGGCGGCCCUCGGCAAGCUCGUGAGGGCCUUCGAGUUCAGGCGGCCGCUUUUCGGGAUCCUGAACUCCGUCUGGAGGCUGGCUGCGUCCUCAGCGCAGGGGGCUUACCUGGACGCAGAGAUGGUGGAAGAGCUCCUCAUGGGCGUGAUGGUCCUGCCGCUGGCCGCCUCCUCGCUGCGGGCGCGCAUCGACGGCAUGGUCACGUCCUCGGACGCGUCGGAGAUGGGCGGCGGCGUGUGCACGUCAGCUGGCCUGCGCGAGGACGUCGCCGCCGCCUUGCAGGUGCCGAGGACGGUCCCCGACCAGCUGGGGAUAGGGGCCAGGCUCCUCAACAUGCCCGAGGACCCCGCCCGACCGUGGGCGGCAGCCAACCCACGCGUCCCCGCCAGGGCAGUCCGCAGGGUGCUGUCGGUGCUGCUCAUCGGCCUGUUCGACGGCAUCGGAGGCCUCGCCGUCGCCUUCUCGAGGCUGCCCGUCCGCAUCGCGGCCUUCGUCGCGGCCGAGACGGACGCCAAGGCGAGGCGCGUUGUCAGACUCCGCUGGAUAGGUGUCAUCGACUGGGGCGACGUCGCCCGUGUGGGCAGCGAGACGGUGCGGGAUUUGUUCGAGGCGUUCGGCGGCCUCGUCGACCUGGUGGUGGUCGCAGCGGGCAGCCCCUGCCAGGACCUGUCACGCCUCAACGUCGGCGGGCGCGGCCUCAGCGGCAGGAAGUCCUCGCUGUUCCACGAGGUGCCACGCAUCCUGGCUCUCCUCGCCGCCGUCUUCAAGGACAGGCUCGUUUGGUUCGUGGAGAACGUGGCCAGCAUGUCCGACGCCAACGUGGAGCUGAUCUCGGAGGCGCUGCAGGUGAGGCCGACGCUGGUGUGCUCGUCGGUGUUCGUGCCGUGUCGCAGGCCGCGCCUGUUCUGGACGAGCUGGGGCGUCACCGCAUCGGCGCCUCUUCGGCUGACCGACCGCGGGGUCUACGACGAGCUGGUGGGCCCUGGCGUCCCGCUCAUGGACCUCGCGUGGGAAGACGAGGGCUGCUCUUGGCCAGGGAGACCAAGGAGGGAGCGGCUCCUUGGCUUUGAUGUGGGGUACACCUCCCUAGCCACCAAGGGCUCGAACCCCCAGGACGCCUCCGACGCCAGGGCCUUCCUCCUCGGCAACAGCUUCAGUAUUCACGUCGUGGCAUGGUUGUGCCAGCAGCUCCUGCACCGCCGCGGCGCGCUGAACGGGGAGCUGUCGAUAGAGGAGGUGCCCCCCGUCCGCGUGUGCCGGGCGACGUGGGACCAGGCGGGGGCCUUCACGGAGCCAGGAGAGCCGGACACCGCGGAGGCGAGGCAGCUGGUCCUGCACUACCUCAGCCGCGCGGAGAAGGGCGGGUCGGACGUCAGGUUGGACUACGGCGUCCCCUACCGCCCGCGAGGUUGGCCGAGGACGAGCCUGGGCCCGUUCGUGUGGAAGUGGCGCGUGGUGGUCAGCAUGGCGUGGCCUGGCCGGAGCUCCACCCACAUAAACGUGAGAGAGUUGCAGGCGGCCGCGGCGGCGAUCAGGUGGCGCGCCCGCAAGGUCGCGCAGCACGGGGGCAGGUUCUUGCACCUCGUCGACAGCCAGGUGGUCGCGGCCAUCGUGACGAAGGGCCGCAGCAGCAGCAGGAAGCUACAGCCCAUCCUGAGGCGCUGGAUGGCCGUCGUCGUGGCGGCCGACAUGUACCCACUGAUCGGCUACGUGGUCUCAGAGGACAGCCCUGCGGACGAGCCGUCGAGGGUGUCAGCGGAGACGCGGCGGCGCCACGGGCGGGCCCUGCGCGCGCUGCUGGCCCACUUUGGGGCCGAGCAGGCGGGGGCGGACGCCUUGCGCGGCGACCCCGAGGACGCAGACGCCCUCGUCGCGGAGUACCUCGAAGGCCUGUGGGCCUCUGGUGCGGGCAUCGCGGCCGCCAACAACACGCUGGCGGGGGUGUGCUUCGCGGUGCCUCGUCUGAGGCGACACCUCGACCUGAGCUGGACUCUCCUCAAGGCAUGGAGGCAUCAUGAGCCAGCGUCCAGGGUGCUGCCGCUCGCGACCGAGGCCGUCGCGGCCAUGGCAGGGUUCGCGUGCGCUGCAGGUGCUUUCGACGUGGCCGCCCCUCUUCUCGUCGGCUUCGAGGGCAUGCUCCGAGGCGCAGAGGUGUUUGCCCUGGCGUGGCAGCUGCAGUUCAGCAACGACGGCCUCAGCCUUGUCAUAGCCCUGCCAGUGACCAAGGCAGGCAAAAGACGACACUGUGAGGAGUCCGUCACACUCCACGACGCCAGGAUUGUUCACUUCAUCAAAGUGCUCACUCAGCAUUUGCCGCCUGAGAGCUCGUUGCUGCAGGGCACCGUGCCCGAAUUUCGUGAUGUGUUCAAAGCUCUCUUGAGGUCAUUGAACCUCGAGCGGCACGGUUAUCAUAUAUAUUCUUUACGCCGUGGAGGUGCCACCACUCAUUACAGAAGGUUCGAGAACAUGGGCUUGACUUUGAUAGUGGGGAGAUGGCAAGACACAGCUGUGGCCAGACUGUACAUCAGUGACGGUGUGCAAACUUUGCUGCAGAACGAUUUCUUGCCUGCAGAAUUGGAACGAUUUCGUGUACUGGCGAGCGCUCUUAACUUUGAUGUGGGUUGA